GGGGGGGGGUGGGGGGGGGGGGGGGGGGGGGGGGUGGGGGUGGGGGGGGGGGGGGGGGGGGUUUGAGCAAAGGCCCACCCCCCCCCCCCCCCCCCCCCCCCCCCCGACACACACCCACACCCACCCACACCCACACCCCACACCCGAUCCACACCCACACCCCCACCGACACCCGGACUUCAAUUAACGGAUGAGAAAGAAAUACGUUUAGGUUUUUUAACAGCAGUGAUUGGCCAUAUUAGGUUAUAUUAUAAUCAACGUAAUCAUGGAAGUACAGAUCAGCAUUGUCCAACAGCUGAUAAUAAUUUAAAUACAGGUGUAGUUAGAGAUGAAACCGAUGAUCAACAAUCAUUAGUAGCUAAUGAAGGUUGCAUAAGACCAGCACUUGUGGAUUUAGAAAAUUUACCAACAGUACUUUAA